AAAUUACCAAACAUCAUGGCCAUAACCAAUAACCAUUUUUAUCCCCCGAACAUGAGCUACCCUUGGGAUUAUAAAUAGGUUCCAAACUCAGUUUCUCUCCUUGUCUCUGUGGGAAAAAUCGAGGAAGAAGAUCGGAAAAGAUGAUGCACAUGACCCUCUACUGGAGCAAGGAGGUGACCCUCCUGCUCGAUUCGUGGCGCACUGAGUCGUGGACGAGUUACUCGCUCACCCUGCUCGCCUGCCUCAUCGCCUCCGCCUUCUACCAGUACAUGGAGGACCGGCGCGUGCGCUUCAAGCUAGUUUCAGCCGGGAAGCCGUCGGCGCAGAUCGAGACGCCGUUUCUGCGGGGGAAGCUCUUCCGCGGAGGGCCGAAGUUGUCUGCGGCGAGGAUUGGCGGAGCAGCGCUCUUCGGGUUCAAUUCGGCAAUCGGUUACCUGUUGAUGCUGGCGGUCAUGUCUUUCAACGGAGGGAUCUUCUUGGCAGUCGUGCUGGGCCUCGCCAUCGGUUACCUGCUAUUCAGGAGUGGGGAUGGGGAUUUGGCUGCUCCUGUCCUGGAUAAUCCUUGUGCCUGUGCUUAGAAAUUUUCUCUUCAAAGUUGGGAUUUGAUUGAUGGAAAGUUUGAAGGGAUCUGUGCCAUCUGGAUAUCUGUGUAUGUAUGUAAAUUCAAACAGCAAAAAUGUCUUAUUUAAAUUU